CUAGAAGAAGAAGCUUUCAUAAUAAAAACAAAUAUUCUUGUUGUGAAGAAACUUAAAGAAAUUUGUGUAAAUAAUUAAUUUUAUUAAUAUAAAAUUUAAAAUGCCUCCAAAAGCCACACCAACUUGUAUAGAAUGUAAAAAAACAGAAUCGCUGCUAUGGCGUUCAGUAGAAAAUGGUCAAAUCUGUCAGGCCUGCUUUGAACUAAGAGAAGCUAAAGAUUGCGAAAAUAUCAAAAACCAGGAAGUUACUGAGGAUAAGAAAACAAAAGGCAGCAAAGAAAAGGACACCAAGGAAGAGGUUAAAACUGAUAAAAAAGAAAUAAGCAGCUCCUUAGGGGAAGAACGUGGUGCACGCUUGAGAAAAAGUACCAGAGCUACACGCUUUAAGACGAAAUUAAGUACCAAUCAUGGUAACACAACAAAUGGUAAUGGUGAGAAAACGACUACAAGUAGCAGUGGAAAACAACAAACAAAAGGACGUAAUAGAAGAAGUUUAUUCAAGAGAAUACCCUUUAAGACACCAUUGGCACAGGCCACUACUCACUCAGUGGAGAGUAUAUUUCAUAAGGGUUCAUAUUUACAAGUAGGUGAUAUAGUGUCAUUAGUGGAUAACGAGAAUAAUGUGUACUAUGCCCAAAUAAGAGGUUUGUUAAUAGAUAACUAUUGCGAGAAGUCGGCGUUUCUUACAUGGCUAAUACCAACUCAAGAAAGUCCCGACCCCAAGGAAGGCUUUGAUGCUGCUACAUAUUUAAUAGGACCUGACGAAGAAUUGUCACGUAAAUUAUCCUGCUUGGAAUUUGUAAUGCACGCGCCUAGUAACUACUAUUUGGAUCGUUCUACCCCCUAUCCACUGCCAGAUAGCAUGGAAUAUGAUACCAAACCAGGUGGCUAUAUAUGGACUACUCUACCAGAAUAUCAUAGAAAUAAAACAGCAGUGGAGACGUAAAAACAAACAUAAAAUUACAAUUUAUUUUAAAUGAAAACAAUAAAAAUAAAUACAAAUAAAAACAAAUC